AUGGCUCGCUAUCGCCCUUCCAAUGCAGAACUGUUGCGCUCAGACGUACCACACCGCACACAACCCACACCAGCGAGCACUCACAGUUAUCGCAUUCCUCCAUCAACAAUGGCGUCCGGCGGCAAAGGAAAAACAGGAGUGGGAAUUGGAGCCGGCGGCAAAGGACUCGGUCAGGGUGGAAAGACGCCCAAGCGACAUCGCAAGAUCCUCCGCGACAACAUCCAAGGCGUCACCAAAGGAGACAUCCGUCGCCUCGCGCGCCGUGGCGGUGUCAAACGCAUCUCUGGUCAGAUCUACGACGAGACACGGUCGGUGUUGAGGAUUCGCUUGACGGACAUCCUGAAAGACAUCUGCGCAGUAGUCGAGUCUUGCGGCCGGAAGACUGUGUGUGUCACAGAUGUGGUCUUUGUACUGAACCGCUUGGGACGGCCGAUCUAUGGCUUUGGUGAGGGGGCGAGAUGA